AUCCAAAGUAUUUUGCUUGUUUAUUAAUCACAUUUCAUUGCUGUGCAUACUCGUGCAAUGGGUAUAUGAUAGGUGUGUAUGUUAAUCGCUAUACGUUGCAGUUUUGGAGAAAAUUCAUUUGUGUGGAAUUUUACUUUCUCCUUCUGCUGCGUUUACUCUCUGAAGUGUCGGCGCCAGAAAGAAAGGUUCUUUUGGAGAGAAGCUUAUAUGGACUGCUGUCAUACUUUUCAUUACCAAUGUGUUUCUCAUAUACCUGCUUGGGAUAAUGUCAGUCAAAUAGUGCUGACCCAUAUUACUGGCAUCGAAACAGUGAAUGCUUCCAGUCAGGCACUCUGAUGGAGUUGGGAGUAUCUCAAUCGCUACCUAUUAUUUACUGGGUUAUUUUAAUAUAAUGGAAAGGAAACCCCACAAAAAGUUGCUGUGUAUGGUGGUUACACUUUGCCAGUCCGUUUAUUGCUUGAUGUCUGGAAUGUACGGAACUCCCUCUGAACUGGGGAUUUUUACCUCUCUAAUCAUCAUCCUGCAAUUGUGUGGAGCUGGACUGAUGGUGAUGAUGUUGAAUGAGCUACUAGAGAAGUAUGGUAUGGGUUCCUCUGAUAUCUUUAUUGUCACCAACAUCUGUGGGACUGUAUUUUGGAAGGCCUUCAGUCCUGUCACUAUCAACACUGAUGGAGGAAGGGAGUUUGAAGGAGUGAUCAUUGCAUUUUUACACAUGCUGGCUUCUCACUCUGACAAAUUUCAAGCUCUUUACAAAGUACUAUUCCGACACAAUCUACCAAAUCUGCUAAACCUGACUGCAACUGUUUUAGUGUUUGCUACUGUCAUAUACCUCCAGGGUUUUCGAGUUGAGCUACCCAUCAAGAGUGCCCGCUACCGUGGCCAAUGCAGCAAAUAUUCCAUUAAGCUUCUCUAUACAGGCAUCACACCUGUAAUCAUUCACCGUGUUUUGGUUCUCUACCUCUACCAAGCAUCACAGAUUUUUUACCUUAUAUUUGGAGGCAAUCUGCUGGUUGACUUGCUGGGAGUGUGGUCUACAGUAGAGGAUACCCAGCCCUCUAGAUUGUUUUUUCUGGAGUACAGAAGUGGAUAUUACCCUUCUAGCGGUCUCUGCUACUACCUUAGCGCAAUAGGGAGCCACCCUGGCAGUGUUAUUAUUGAUGAGCCCAUACGUGCCAUUAUUUAUGGCACUUUUAUGCUCUGUACCAUGUGCUUUCAUCUCCAGAAUAUCGAUUAAUAUGUCUGGAACCUCUGCUGAUAAUGUACGUAUAAUUUGACAUGUCCUUUGUUGUGUGGUGUCACAAUCAUAUAUAUGCAGGUAGCCAAGCAGUUGAUGGACAAGCAAAAUAUGGUGCUGCGAGGUCAUCAAAACCUGCACAAAUCUCUCAAUCAAUACAUUCCUACGGCUGCUACACUCGGUGGUCUGUGUAUUGGAGCUCUCUGUGUUUUUGCUGAUAUUUUUGGUGCUUUUGGACUCAGGUGCAAACUCUAAUAACCAUCACAUCAGAUACACAUGUAUGAACAAAUUGUGAAAGAAAACAGCAGGAACAGAGUCAGUAAUGAUACUAGUGGCUGACUAUGAGUUCUACGAAGGCACUAGAUAGUCUCGUAUAAGGAGAAGGAGAUGACGGAGAAGC